GAUAUCAGCGCUGCCUCUGGCUAUAAAUUCAAGGCUAGGAGCUCGCAAUGUCCUCAGAACUUAUUUCUCUCUCAAUCCCAUCGUGAAAGUGUUUCCAAUUUUUCGACCUACGGCUUUGCUCCAGAACACUGCGACCUCUCUCGCCCGAACCAAACCAUCGUUGCUGGAAACCUUUGUCGCGUCGCAUCAUACUACCAUGUCUUCCAGCCGAUCCAUGGAAAUAAUUCCGCGCAGGAACGCUGAACGAGGUCACGCAGAUCAUGGUUGGCUCAAAACGUUUCAUACAUUUUCGUUCGCCAAUUACCAUGACUUUAAACACGAGUCUUUUGGUUCUCUCCGUGUUCUGAACGAGGACCGUGUGGCGCCUCGUACGGGCUUUGGCACCCACAGCCAUCAAGAAUUUGAAAUAUUUUCCUACGUGAUCAGUGGUGCGCUCGAGCACCAAGAUUCCAUGGGCAACACUGAAAUACUAUCUCGCGGUGCCCUUCAGAUGACCUCAACGGGAACUGGCAUCUCUCACUCCGAGAAAGCCCAUGGCCCUCAAGAGGUACAUUUCUGUCAGAUAUGGGCGUCCCCUCGUCCCGGGGAAGGCAAGGGCAAACCCGCGUAUUCUACCAGACAUUUCACCGACGAAGACAAGCGAAACCAAUUCAGGUUGAUUGUCGCGCCUUCGGAUUCGUCUGAAGUCUCGCUUGAUAGGGAGGCUGAAGGCCCUGCCCCGAUUCGCUCGCAACUUCGCGCAUAUGCGUCUCUCGUGGAUCCCGGUGUCUCCCUCACGCAUAAAUUCCACCCAACCCACAGUACCGAUACGCGUAAAGCUUAUAUUCACGUCGUUCAGAGUUCGGGAUACAAUCCUGGUAACGCCAGGGGUGUUAAGUUGCGCGUUGGUGCUCAAAACGAGGGGCCCGUAAUUGAGCUCAGAGAGGGAGAUGGUUCAUAUCUACUUGUGGGAAAGGAUACUGAACUCAAGGUUGAGAACGCGGGGGAAGGUGUGGUUGAGUUUUUACUAUUUGACAUGGAGUAAAGCGUCUAAUAGCUACUGACUUUGGUGAUUUGACUGUAAAUUAACGUCACUAUGGUCUCAUGUUUAAUUCGAGUCAGAAAACUUGGAAAACGCAGGGGUCUUCUGGUAUCCAAAUCGCUGUAGCGGGCCCAGCUAAUCUGCGAUACAUUGAUUUGAUCUUAUGGCCUAUCAUGUCUACACACUGCGAACAAUAUAUUGAUGAUCAGAGAUGAGGCAGAGAAACGCAGAAUCAUUCACAAGGCCCUCAGACAGAGCAGUAAAUAAGAGCGGAAGGACAAUUUCACAGCCAAACAGUCGAAAACAUUGCCAGAAGUACUCGCCAUCAUCUGUCGCGAUGUCAGAAUAACCAGGACUAUUUCAGACUGCCGCCCACUCCAUUAGUGGCACAAGCUCCAGCCCUGCAGU